AUGACUUGGAAAAAAUUUUUAUGCAGCAAAAUAAAUGAACAUCGUUUUCGAUUUAAUGGUCUAAUAGAAUCAACGAGAUUACCACAUAAACAAUGCUUAAGACAGAAGUUUGAUAAUAUUCUGAAAUACAGUCCCAAUGAUUUACCAUCAAAAGUUGAUUUACGAGAAGAAAUGACCGCCGUUGAAGACCAAUCACAAAUAGGAAGCUGCUCAGCUAACGCUCUAGCUGAAAAUCAUUCAUCAUAUGAAUAUUUGAUCAAAAAACAUACAGGAAGAAAUGAAGAUGUUAGUCGUUUAUUUAUUUAUUAUAAUAGUAGAGCACAAGAUGAUCUCUCAGCAGCCGUAAGUGAUACUGGUUGUAGUAUGACACAUGCUAUUGAAGCAUUAGAUGAACAUGGGGCAUGUAGAGAAUCUCAAUGGCAGUAUGAUAUUACUAAAGUUAAUCAACGGCCACCACCACCUGCCUAUACGGAAGCUAAAAAUUUUACAAUUGACGAAGCAUUACAAGUUAAGAUUGAUUUAUUUGAAAUGAAAUCAUGUAUUGCACAAGGUUUUCCAUUUGCUUUCGGUAUAAAAUUAUUUCAAUCCUUUGAUAAAGCAAGGGCAAAUGGUGCUGUACCAAUGCCCAGUUCAUCUGACACAAGUCGCAGCAGUCACGGAAAGCAUGCACUACUAGCAGUUGGUUAUUCUGAUACAUCUCGAGCGUUUAUUGUACGAAAUUCCUGGGGAGAGCGAUGGGGAGAUCAGGGAUAUUGUUACAUACCUUACGAUUAUAUGACAAAUAGUGAUUAUUGUUUUGAUGCAUGGGCUAUACGAAAACUUGAUAGUGAUGAUUUAGGUUCAGAUCAUUGGGAUAAUAACGAUGAAGUGAAUUAUCGAUCGAAUGAACAGGAACAAGACGAAGAUGAUGAUGGACAAGCUGAUAUUGAAGAAUAUGAAGAGAACGAUGAUGAUGACCGAGGUGGGGAGGGAGGCAGGGAUCCCUCUUCACAGAGUGACAAUCAAGACGGAUAG